AUGAGUUCUGGAAACUCAUCCCCUGUAGUUGUCACUGACAACAUCCAAACCAACAAUCAAACUAUCCUUACCAUCAACAUGACGAAUGUCUCCAAACUCACAACCACCAACUACCUUAUGUGGAGCCUCCAAACUCACGCCUUGCUUGAUGGUUACGAUCUGGCAAGUCAUCUUGACGGAUCUGCUGUUGUUCCUGCAGAAACAAUCACCACAGGUGAUCAAGUCACUGUCAAUCCGGAGUUUACUCUCUGGAAACGCCAAGACAAACUCAUCUACAGUGCCCUUAUUGGCGCUAUCUCCCCAUCGCUCCAGCCGCUGGUCUCUCGUGCCACCACGUCCUCUGAUGUAUGGAAGACGUUAGCCUAUACGUAUGCAAAACCAAGUAGAGGACAUAUCAAACAACUGAAGCUGCAGCUGAAGAACUGGAAGAAAGACAACAAGACUAUUGAUGUUUACCUUCAAGGUGUCACCACUCGUCUUGACCAACUUGCCAUCCUUGGGAAAGCCAUGGAUCAUGAAGACCAGAUAGAUCUGAUUCUAGAAGGUCUCCCGGAGGACUACAAGCCCAUUGUUGAUCAGGUGGAAGGAAGGGACGCUCCACCAUCGAUCACUGAGCUUCACGAGCGUCUGCUCAACCAUGAGGUGAAACUCAUCUCUGCUGGUGAUUCUCCCUCCCCCUAUGCUUCGAUCACUGCCAAUGCUGUACAACACAGAAACAACAACAAUGGUGGUUAUCGCAACCAAUAUCAACAGCGACCACGAUCCAACAACAAUGGUCAGUGA